AUGGAUGCAAAAAUACCAGAAAUAAAGGUUAGUAGAGGCUGUUGCAAAAAGCAUCAGAAUUUUUUUUAGAUUGUGCCUCUUGGAGCAGGUCAGGAUGUAGGUCGGUCGUGUAUUUUGAUCACUAUCGGAGGAAAGAACAUCAUGCUUGACUGUGGAAUGCACAUGGGAUAUCAAGAUGAGAGAAGGUUCCCGGAUUUCUCGUAAGUUUAGGAACUGGAACAAUUGAAAUUUCACAAAUAAUUCUAGUUAUAUUGGAGGAGGAGGUCGUUUGACCGAAUAUUUGGAUUGUGUUAUUAUUUCUCAUUUUCAUUUGGACCACUGCGGAAGUCUCCCGCACAUGAGUGAGAUUGUCGGAUACGAUGGACCCAUCUACAUGACCUACCCUACAAAAGCGAUCUGUCCAGUGCUUUUAGAGGAUUAUCGGAAAGUGCAAUGUGAUAUCAAAGGAGAAACCAACUUCUUUACAUCAGACGACAUCAAGAACUGCAUGAAGAAAGUUGUUGGGUGUGCUCUUCACGAGAUUAUCCAGGUCGACGAUGAGCUGUCCAUUCGAGCAUUCUACGCUGGUCACGUGCUCGGAGCUGCCAUGUUCGAAGUCCGACUCGGCGAUCAUUCAGUUCUGUACACAGGAGACUACAACAUGACACCAGAUAGACAUCUUGGAGCCGCCCGUGUUCUUCCCAGUGUCCGUCCUACUGUGCUCAUCUCUGAAUCUACGUAUGCCACCACAAUCAGAGAUUCGAAGAGAGCCCGCGAGAGAGAUUUUCUUCGAAAAGUGCACGAAUGUGUCAUGAAAGGAGGCAAAGUUAUUAUUCCCGUGUUCGCGUUGGGCCGUGCGCAGGAACUCUGCAUUCUUUUGGAGUCUUACUGGGAGCGGAUGGCGCUGAAAGUUCCUAUUUACUUCUCGCAGGGACUUGCCGAGCGAGCCAAUCAGUAUUACCGUCUAUUCAUCAGCUGGACAAACGAAAACAUCAAGAAGACGUUCGUGGAGAGGAACAUGUUCGAAUUCAAGCAUAUUCGUCCGAUGGAGAAGGGAUGUGAGGAUCAGCCAGGACCACAAGUUCUGUUUUCGACGCCUGGAAUGCUUCACGGAGGACAAUCCUUGAAAGUUUUCAAAAAAUGGUGCUCGGACCCACUGAACAUGAUCAUUAUGCCCGGAUAUUGUGUCGCUGGAACUGUUGGCGCGCGGGUUAUCAAUGGAGAAAAGAAAAUCGAAAUUGAUGGAAAACCAGUAAAUCGCAACGAAGUUUUCUAGUUUAGUUCACUUUUUUUCAGUACGAAAUUCGACUUGGCGUAGAAUACAUGUCCUUCAGUGCACAUGCCGAUGCAAAAGGAAUUAUGCAGUUGAUCAGACAGUGUGAGCCUCAACAUGUCAUGUUCGUGCACGGAGAAGCCGCCAAAAUGGAGUUCUUGGCCGGAAAAGUGACGAAGGAGUACAAGAUUCCUGUGCAUAUGCCUGCCAACGGAGAAACUGUCGUUAUUGAAGCACACCCGAAAUUGGAUAUCAGAGUUCCACUAGAGGUAACAAAAAGUCUUCACUUAAAACAAUGUUUUCGUUUGCACGUGAACAUAGCUGCUUGUUUCUGCUGAAAAACGCUCAAGAUAAAACGGUGUUAUUUGUUUCACGUUGCUAUUUCAAAUGUAGAUACGGGCUUCUGAUUGAACAUUGAUUGAACAUUUAAGAAUCUGCACACUCUAAUUUUCCAGAAAAUUGACAGAAGUCUGAGCCUCGAUCCGAAUCCUUCCAAAGCGGAAUGCCCGUUUGUCGCUGAGUUCGUAUUUGACCAAGAAGUCAGUUUUGAAAGUAUUCUUUGAAAAUAGUGUUUUUUCUAGAACGAACGCCUGAAAAUCCUCACAACUGCCGACGCCGACGAUUUGCUCGAAAAGGAAUGCUUGCCGAUGACUCUUUCACUAUCGCAGGUGAUAAAAGGAAACAGAGUGGACUGGAAUACGCUCAGCAAUGAACUGCUCAUCUAUGAUCCUCACUUACAACUGAAGGAAGACGGAAUUGAAAUGUUCAAUGGAGAAAUUGCCAUUUUGUCAAAUAACGAGGAGGAGACCGAACUCGAAUUGGUCUGGGACGAAUGCCGGCAACAGUGGUUUAAAUUGAUUCACAAGACUAUUACUGACAUCGUUUCAAAACCGAUCGCUGUUAUCGCCUGA